UCUCGUGUCAGUUCGCUCUGCUCUCACGAUCUCGCGAUACCUUCUCCUCAGUGGCGGCUGUGUGGCCCCCUGUCUCAGUCCGGACGGAGUAGUUUCUGACGUUUGAAUGAAAAACAGUGCGAAUUACCUCCACUUUGGACCCGGGAAAUAAUGGCUUCAGCCUUGGAGCAGUUUGUGAACAACGUGCGGCAGCUCUCCGCUCAAGGCCAGAUGACUCAGCUGUGUGAGUUGAUCAACAAAAGUGGGGAGCUGCUGGCCAAAAAUCUGUCCCACCUGGACACGGUGCUGGGGGCCUUGGACAUCCAGGAGCACUCCCUAGGCGUGCUGGCUGUGCUAUUUGUGAAAUUCUCCAUGCCAAACAUCCCCGACUUUGAGACCCUCUUCUCCCAAGUCCAGCUCUUCAUCAGUACCUGCAAUGGGGAGCACAUUAGAUAUGCAACAGACACUUUUGCUGGUCUCUGCCACCAGUUGACAAAUGCCCUUGUAGAGCGCAAACAGCCAUUGAGGGGUGUCGUCAUCCUAAAGCAGGCAAUAGACAAAAUGCAGAUGAACACAAACCAACUUACCUCAGUUCAUGCAGACCUGUGUCAGCUGUGCUUGUUAGCAAAGUGCUUCAAGCCUGCCCUGCCCUUCUUGGAGCUGGACAUGAUGGACAUCUGUAAGGAGAAUGGAGCCUAUGACGCAAAGCACUUUUUAUGUUACUACUACUAUGGUGGCAUGAUCUACACGGGCCUCAAAAACUUUGAAAGAGCACUGUAUUUUUAUGAACAGGCAAUAACCACUCCAGCCAUGGCAGUGAGCCACAUCAUGUUGGAAGCCUAUAAGAAAUACAUCCUGGUGUCACUCAUUCUCCACGGCAAAGUGCAGCAGUUGCCCAAAUACACCUCCCAAAUAGUAGGGAGGUUCAUCAAGGUGAGUCUGCAUGGCACUGGUGAAAAGAACGCUACUAGUAUUAAUAGAAAAAAUGUGCCCGUCUGGUGCUCCUCAAUUUGGGAAACCAACUAG